AGCUCUAAAAAAUGUGCCGACGCCGAAUAGUGUGCUGACCUGGGUUGUCGAGUCGAAAAAGAAGAGGAUGCUGAUCAAAGAAUACCGUAUCCUGUUACCGAUGACGGUACAGGAGUACCGCAUCGCUCAGUUGUAUAUGAUACAGAAAAAAAGUCGUCUGGAUUCUCACGGUCAAGAUUCAGGAGUAGAGAUCAUUAGCAACAAGCCGUAUACAGAUGGACCCGGUGGCAGUGGACAGUAUACAUUUAAGAUCUAUCAUAUUGGAAGUAGAAUUCCCGCCUGGAUCCGAACAGUGCUCCCAACAAACGCAUUAGAAGCACAUGAAGAAUCAUGGAAUGCAUAUCCAGUGACAAAGACACGGUAUUCAACCCCAAUGAUGGAUAGGUUCAGUCUGGAAGUUGAGACACUCUAUUUCGAUGAUCAUGGUCAACAGGAGAAUGUGUUCAAUUUGAACGAAAAGGACAAAUCUACUCGAAUAAUUGAUUAUAUGGAUUUUGUGAAAGAUCCCAUUUCAUCACAUGAUUAUUGUGCAGAAGAAGAUCCAAAGCUCUAUCGUUCCGAGACAACAAAUCGAGGACCAUUAAAUGACGAUUGGGUUGCAGAACAUUUGAAGAAAGGUCUACCCAUUAUGUGUGCGUAUAAAUUAUGUAAAGUCGAGUUUCGAUACUGGGGUAUGCAGACGAGAGCCGAGAGAUGGAUUCAUGAUUUGGCACUGAGGAAUACCAUGAUGAGAGCACAUCGACAGGCGUGGGCGUGGCAGGAUGAAUGGACUGGGCUCACGAUGAAUGACAUCCGGAAACUGGAAGCGGAAGCCGCAUUACAUUUGAGUAAAGUGAUGUCGGUGAAAGAGAACGAGGACGGACAUCAGGAUGAGAAUGACACGGAUGAUGAUAUGGAUGCAGGGGAUGCUGUAUCGGAUGAUCUUUAUUUUGAUUGUACCGAUACAUCGCCAAUCCCAACUCAAAAACCAUCUAUCAUAAGAUGGAGUAGUGAACUGGAACUUGAGAUUCAAGAUGACAAUUCUCCUCCAUUAACCCCGCACAAUGGAUCAACAGAAGUUGCUCUUCUUAUCAUGGUUUUUCAUGGAGAUUUCAGCCCGGACAACCCAGCGGAUUCAAAAACAACUGACACGAAUACCUUUAGUUCAACUAUCGAAACAUGUGUACAACGUCAUUACCCACAGCUCCGUAAUCGUCUGCACAUUGUAAAUGUGUCUUGUGGACAUGAAAUGACUCAAGUAGUUAGUAAACUUUCCAACAUUUCUCCAAGCUUCGGACUGUUACACCCAUCACUGUCACUUAUGCUCCCGUCAGCUAGCCAUUUGUACAAUGAAGCCGUGGAAGGAACGAUACGAAGAGCAAAUGAGACAUACAAUGAAUUUAUUGCAUCUCAACCACUGUUCAAUGGAGAAGUAUUUGUUGUUGGAGACUGUGUUGGGGGAAUAUUUCUAUAUGAAGCUAUGACAAGGAAGUGUGAUUCGAUGACACUUUUGAAGAGGUUGUCAUCGAAUUUGUCGUCUAGGAUUAUUAAAGAAGAUCAAUCACCUCACCAAUCAAUGACAGAUAUCACAAUAACCGACACAUCGUCAAUAUCGUCGUGUCCUCAACAACAUAAUCAAUCGGUCCGUGAUCAUUCAUCCCUACAGAAUGGACAUGCUUCCCGUCGAUCUGCUCGCAACUAUUCAGCACCUCCAUCGGCGUCGUACGUGCGUAAGAAGAUCUCGUUGGUGUCAGUUGAUUCUGUCAGUUUUGGAGCAUCGAGACUCAGCUUUCAGCCAAGCACUGUUUUCCUGCUCGGAUGUCCGUUGGGAUUGACACUGAUGCAAAGAAAACUUGAUGGAUCUGAAAUUGAUGGUCUGGAUUCUUGUCAACUCUUCAAUCUAUACUAUCCGUUGGAUCCUUGUGGAGCUAGGAUAGAGCCUGUUCUAGAUGGUCAGCUGUCAUGUGUCCCGCCGUAUAAUGUUCCAAAGUACCAAAGGUAUCCAUUGGGAGACGGAAAAUCCCAAAAGUUUGAGUCAACCAUUGACGCAACCCAGAUGUGGGGAAGCAAACGUAUCGACAACCUUCUCUACUGCCCCAACUCAAUGGUUGCUCUUCCGUCAUCAGCUCUUCCGAACAUUUUACACGCUUCUUAUUGGGAAUCUUGUGACGUCGCAUCCUUCUUACUUCGGCAAUUUGUUCGUGGGGAAGAGAAUUCUGUAUUGACAACGUUGUCAUCAAGUAUGAACAAUAUUCCUUUGAACAUUGAUCUUCCGACGAUGCAUUGGAAGCGGAAACGGACAAGGUUCAAGAUCGCCAAUCUCUCGGCCAACCAUCGAGCCAACGACAUUCUCGUCACAGCCGGAAUGGACCUCACUGUCAUUGCAAAAUUCUGCUAUGGUCCAAUGGAUUUGGUUGCUCUUUCCCGUGAGCCUGUAUCAGUAUUUGUGUACCCCCAACGUGGCGAUUGGUAUCUACACGGAGUAUUCGACACAGACUCGCAUGGGAGGCUAACCUUACAACUUGCGAAGACGCUUCCAUGCGGUAUUCAUUCCGUCAAAAUCGUGGUUCACGGGGAUCGAUCAUACCUUGACGCUUUUGUCGCGAUAGUUCCACAUGGUACAAAAUGUGCAGUUUUCUCUGUUGACGGUUCACUAACCGCUUCAGUCUCGGUAACCGGAAAAGACCCCAGAGUCCGUCCAGGUGCUGUGGAUGUGGUGAGAUAUUGGCAGGAGCAGGGCUACCUGAUCAUUUACCUGACUGCUCGGCCCGAUAUGCAGCAACGAGUUGUCUCAGCAUGGCUAGCCCAGCACAAUUUCCCCCACGCUCUUCUAUUCUUCAACAACUCCUUCUCAACAGAACCCCUGAAACAAAAAUCCCUCCACCUUCGUCAUAUUGUCGAUAUGGGUGUGCAUAUCCACGUGGCUUAUGGUAGUGGAAAAGAUGUGAAUGUCUACACGUCAGCUGGUGUUGAUCCAGAACAUGUGAUCUCUGUGGCUGGAUCAAGGAGGAGGAAUUGCGUACAAAUAGAAAGCUACUCAUCACACCUCGCAGCGCUGAAUUCUGGACAAUGUACACUAGGAAAACGAAUCGAAGACGAUGGGCUCACCCUUCAGUUGCACAGAAACGUCCAACGAACACCAUCCUUCACACCACGUGGCGGAAAAUUCGAAAAUGAAAAAGAUCGUCGGUAGCAUUUCCUGAUAGUAGGCACAACUAUUCCAUGAAAAUAGUAUAUUUUUCCAAUUUUUUCCACAACAAAAUACGGAUAAAACUCUCCCACAACUCCUUCCACUCACACAACAUUCCGAAAUAAAAUCAUAAAAUCAAUAAAUAAUCGAAAAUUGGCUAUAAUUCUCAUCUCAGGUUGUCACUUUUUUCUCUCCCGAAUUAAACGUUCCAAUAGAUUUUUCAAUCUCCCAGUGUUCUCAAAUUCUAGUUUUUUUCUUCCAAUAAUUUCCAUUUUUAAUUUGCUCAUUUUUCUUUUGUACAACGAUUAUUUUUCUCCGAUCCAGAUCACAACGAUUCGAGCUUAUUCUUUCAAUAAAUUGGUUUUAAUUUU